CGCAUGCGUAUAAGUCUUUCUGUGGACUUAGUACACCACGCUGUUUGACUCUUUGCUGUUUCAUCGUUGAUUUCACUUAAUUUUUGUGUUAUUCGUAAAAUGAAUGACAUGGAAAGAGAUUAUUACUCAUCAGGACAAGGUACAACGACACCGGUUGUAUCUCCGCCGCUACCUAAGGAUUCAUUUGCACGUUCUCACGGGGAAACUUUAAAAAUGAUGAAUCCAACUCCUAAUGGUUACAGCAGUCAUGCACCAAAAGUGGAAGGCCAAGACAUUGUCAAAAAGCACCAUGACUCCUCAAAAAAUUCUGAGCACAAACAUAAACACAGUUCUGAUCAUGUGAAGAAAAAAGAUGGAGAAGAAGUAAAGAAAAAAGAUAAAGAUAAGUCUCACCAUAAAUCCAAAGACUCUUCUAGCUCCAAAGACCCUUCUAAAAAGGAAAGCUCCAAGGAGCAUAAAGAAAAGAAACAUAAGGAACACAAAGAAAGUUCCAAGUCCAAAGAAGGAGGUGAGAAUAGGCACUCUGAGUCCUCAAAGCAUAAUUCAAGUGAGGAAAAAUCUAAACAUUUGGACAUAAAGAAAGAGACAAAUAGUGUACAUGAGAAGCCAAAAAGUGAUAAUUUUAAAGAAAAUGAGAAAAUAAAAGAUAAAGAAUCCAAGCACAAGGAAUCAAAGGAUAAGCAUAAGGAUAAACAUAAGGAUAAAGAAUCCAAACCACAUAAAGAUAAGUCAAAAGAAAAAACAAAAGAUGGGGAAAAGCAUAAAGAAAAACACAAGGAUAAGCAUAAGGACAAGGACAAACAAAAACACAAGGAGCAUAAAGAGAAAAAAGAAAAAAUUAAAAUAGAAGUGGACUCUGAUAGCAUGAAGAGCCCUCCACCACCUGCUCCAGAACCACCAAAAAUUAAGGAUGAGCCUUUCAGUGAUGAAGAUGCACCUUUAGCACAACAAAUUCCAGUGAAAAUUAAAUCAAUCAAGAGGGAGCAUGAAAGUGAAGAGGAAGAAGAAGCCCCUAAACCCAAAGAAAAAAAAAUCAAAGAAGAAAAAAAGAAAGCUCAGAAAAAGAGAAAAACUUACAGUGAUGAAGAAGAAGAUGAUGAUUAUGAGACUAAAAAGCCUGUAAAAAAGGUUAAGAAGGAAAAGGCACAACAAAAGAUCAAACAAGAGGCAGAGACUGCUAGCCCUAGAAAGAAAGCCAAGAAAGAAGAGGAACAAGAAGUUUGGAAAUGGUGGGAAGAAGAAAAAUUAGAAGAUGGUAUCAAAUGGAGAACACUGGAGCACAAUGGCCCUGUCUUUGCUCCACCUUAUGAGCGUGUGCCUGAUAAUGUUAAAUUUUACUAUGAUGGAAAAGUAAUGAAGCUGAGUGAAGGAGCGGAAGAAGUAGCUGGAUUUUAUGGUAGAAUGCUUGAUCAUGAAUAUACCUCCAAAGAUGUCUUCAAUCACAACUUCUUCAAAGAUUGGAGGAAGGUUAUGACCCCUCAAGAGAGAGAAAUAAUUACAGAUCUCAAGAAGUGCAAUUUCAAGGAUUUUGAUUUGUAUUAUAAGCAAAAGUCUGAGGAAAGAAAAGCCAUGACAAAAGAAGAAAAACUGAAAAUAAAAAAAGAAAACGAAGCUCUCACUGAGAAAUAUGGUUUUUGUAUAAUUGAUGGCCACAAGCAAAAGAUUGGGAACUUCAAAAUUGAACCUCCAGGUCUUUUCAGAGGACGUGGUGAGCAUCCUAAGAUGGGAAUGCUUAAAAGACGAAUUGAAGCUGAAGACAUUUUGAUUAACAUUGGAAAGGAAGCUAAGGUACCUGAACCUCCUCCAGGCCACAAGUGGAAAGAAGUUCGUCAUGACAAUACAGUAUCUUGGUUGGCAAGUUGGUCAGAGAAUAUCUUAGGUUCUACCAAAUACAUCAUGUUAAAUCCCAGUUCCAAGCUUAAGGGUGAAAAGGAUUGGCAGAAAUAUGAGACUGCUCGUAAACUGAAAGCGCAUGUUGUUCGUAUAAGAAAUGAAUACACUCAAGACUUCAAAUCAAAAGAAAUGAGAAUGCGACAAAGAGCUGUAGCUCUGUAUUUUAUUGAUAAACUUGCUUUGAGAGCAGGUAAUGAAAAAGACGAGGACACUGCAGAUACUGUAGGCUGUUGCUCUUUAAGAGUGGAACACAUCACACUAGAUGAAGAGAAGGAUGGCCAAGAAUAUGUUGUCAGUUUUGACUUCCUUGGUAAAGAUUCCAUCCGAUAUGUCAACUCCGUGCCUGUAGAGAAGCGAGUUUUCAAGAAUCUCAAGCUCUUCAUGGAAAACAAGCAACCUGGAGAUGAUCUGUUUGAUCGUCUCAAUACUUCCAUUUUAAAUAAAUAUUUGAAUGAUCUCAUGGAAGGUCUUACAGCUAAGGUCUUCCGUACAUACAAUGCUUCUAAUACUUUGCAGGAACAGUUAGAUCUUCUUACGAAAGAGGACAUGUCGAUUCCGGAGAAAAUUUUAGCUUACAAUCGAGCUAAUAGAGCGGUUGCCAUUCUAUGUAACCAUCAAAGGGCAGUUCCUAAAGGUUUCUCUAAAAGUAUGGAGAAUCUGAAAGCAAAGAUUGAUGACAAAAAUGCACAAAUAAAAGAAAUGAAAAAGGAAGUCAAAGCUGCCAAAAACAGCGGUAGCAAGCAAGAUUAUGAGAAGAAAAGGAAACGAUUGAAUCAACUGGAAGAUCAACUGAAGAAGCUGGAAUUGCAAGCUACUGACAAGGAAGAAAAUAAACAGAUUGCUCUGGGAACAUCUAAAUUGAAUUAUCUUGAUCCUAGGAUCAGUGUUGCUUGGUGCAAAAAAUGGGGUGUUCCCAUUGAGAAAAUCUACAACAAGACACAGAGAGACAAAUUUAGGUGGGCCAUUGAAAUGGCUGGGCCUGACUAUAAGUUUUGAUGUGGACUAUUCAGCCUCCAUUGUCACCGUUGGAGGGGCUGACAACCUGUUAGCUUCUUUUUUUGACAACAAACAAAGUGUCUUGCCUUCAUCAGUGUGGGAAAAAAAUGUCUGAUAUAUCGUAUGUUUAGCAGUUCUCUAGACUAUAGACAACACUGUUCUUCAGGCAUCAUUCCAUGCUUGUGGCCUGUGGAAAAGUCUUUUGUAUAUUCCAAAGGACAGUUUGGACUCACUUUUGUGACAGAAAAACUGUGCUCUCCCCUCCAGGAAGACAAUGUACCUAUCUCAUUAUUCGAUUGUGUUUAAUUUUUAUUAAAUCACUGAACAGUACUGUUCUGGCACUGAUAUAAUUAUGACCCGAAAUGAAAAUUUAUUUAAAAAAUUGUUUUUAUACAAAUAUUAAAAAAAAAUAUUAUAUGCAAGUUGACUUUUUAAUUUAUCAAAGAUGUAUGUUGAUCAUUUUAUAAAUUAAUAAUGCAUGAAUAACAAUUUAACUGGACGAAAUUUAAUGUGCCUUUUACUCCAGUCUAUUCUAUAAUUUUGUUACCAGAUUGAUCAGAGAUAGGAAAGGAAAAUUGUCGGAUUCCGUUCACAUUUUGUGCAAUUGAAGAAGACAUCAUAUCAGUUCAAUGAUUUUCAUGGAUUGUUGAAAAUGCCUUUUCGUCUUUAUUUUAUGUUAGUGCUUAUGUGAUGUAUCUGCUUGUAUUUAUUGAUUUUUUUUUAAUUAUGGAAAAAUUGUGGAUUAUUAUUUUGUCUUUUGUUGAAAAUUUCAUAUUUAUCACUUUUGUUGAACAUCAUGAGUUUGGAUAGAAGUAUUGGAAGUAAAAAGGCAGCAGUGCCUCUUAUUUAUGUGUAUUGAUACAUUUUCUUUUCAUAUUUAUUUUCAUCAUAUGCCAGCAUAUCCGUAGUAAAGGUUAUAUUUUAUUUAGCAUGUGUUUUUAGAAUUUUGAAAUGUGUAUGAAUUCCACUGAUAAAAGCAAAGUAUCACACCAUUAUUUUUAGAUGUUGAUACUUGGAACUGUUCUAAAUUUGUCAUAACAGUAUCUGAUGAUUAAUGUACCCAAUUUCGUACAAACAGAUUUAGAAUCAAUGAAUUGCUUUGUGAUAAUCAAUUUUCUUUACUUGAUAAUUUAAAUUAUAGAUUUCACUGCGUACUUAACCAAAAACUACUUAGACCAGUGGAAAGUGCGAUAACAAGUCAGAGAGAAAUUGAUACAGAUGUGCGAGACUUAUUUUUUUUGGAAAACAAUUAUACAUCAUGGUGGUAGAAGAAGGGAUGACAGAAGAAUUAUCUUUAAGAAAGUUUAUAAGGCUGAAUUCUAAUCUAAUGAAAUAAAUCAAUUAUUUAAAUAUUUUUUAAUAGGAAUAUUUAAGAAUUCCAGUACUUUUUAUUUUGUAUUGGACUUUGGCCAGGAGAGAUCAUAUGACAUCUUUGAAACAUUUCAUGAUGGGUUUUAAAAUAUAUAGAACUUUCAUUUUUAACGUUGAGUAUGUGUCUUUGGUAAAUUGAAAAGCCCUGUUUUAAUCUAUUUUUUAGGCACUUUAUUAAAUAAGAUAAUAUUUUAAUAGCAAAACAAGAACUUGCAUGUUAAAUAUAGUUAAGAGGGUUUCAAAUAUCAAAAAUAAGAGGGUUGGGGGCAUUUUUGUUAAUUAAUUUUUAAUUGUGGAUCUCUUUGAUAAUAAUAUACAUAUAACUUUGACAAUUACUCUAAUUGUUUUUUUUGUCUUUGUUAAUCCCUGAAUUAGAAUUGCAGCAAGUCUUGACAUUAAUUUAUUAACAUUAUUUUUGUAUCUUUUUUUUUUUUUUUUUUUUUUUUGUAGUUUGAUGUAGAACUUUUAAAAACAAUUUAGAAGUGUAAUUCAAUUUAAUAUAAUGCAAGGUUUUAUUUUUGUUCAGUCAUAGCCAAAUGAAUUUAUCCCAGUGAUAAUUAUAUAAUUUCUUUUUAAAAUCAACUUUGUUUUCUCAAAAAUGUUAAGUUCUGAUAAAACAUUUGAAUCAAUUUCUUGCUUAAUAUAAAUUCUUAUAAUAAAAUUUUUGAAAUGUAUUUUCUUUUCAGCGUAUGCCUUUAAAUACAUUUAGCAUCAAUGCAAAAAAUGUCACAAAUCAAAUUUCAGUUAUAAUAAAUCUUUAGCAAAGAGCUUUAAAACAGAAAAUUGUACAAUCAUUAAUGCAUCAAAAAGUCUUUUGUUUUAAUUAAUCUUUAAUAAACAUCUCAAAUUAAUGUUUAUUUUCUAAAAAAAAGUUCUAUUUAAAAAUAUCGUUAGAAACAAAAUUUAUUCUUUGUUUUUAUUUUGGAAAAUGUUUUUCACUCCCAAAUGCUGUUGAAAGCCAUUAAUGUGGAGCUUUCUCUCUUUUAGCGUAAAACAUCUGUAAAAAUACUCAUUCUUCUGGUUUGGGGUUGCCUAGUGAUAGUGUAAAAACUGUCAUUGUAGACUUUUGAUGAAUUUCUCCCUCUUGUGUAAAAAUAUUGAAAAAGCGACUUACUGUGAACUGUUGUGCACUGUCUUGUAGAAUUACAAUUUGGCGACUUUUAUGAAAUGAAUUCUAUGACAUGAAUGAUUGUGUUAGUAGCGUGCUGUAAUAAGAAUGUACACAAUAAAAUAUCAAGACUUUUAUAAUAA